CUCGAUGACUCGAGACGAUGCGACAGAUGGCGACAGAACGCGUUUGAUCGUUCUACUUGACGUGUUGCACGGGUGAAGAGUCAAAGGUUCGUAUAUUCAUUUGUGGCCAUUGGAAAUUAUGCAGUUUUAUUCAAUACGCCCGUGUUGCCGAAGAAUCAAAUGAGGGUGACUAGUCUCCGUUCGUCGACGUCACGAAUCCAUCGUCAGAAUGGUUUCCCUGAUGCAAAUCUUCGUCGUUGUUCUCUAUGGGAUACUAGCGCACCCGUCAUCCUCGCGCGUACUUGAGCUAAGUGACAAAAUUUUAGAAUUUCAUAAGGAUGACCCAUGGCUGCUAAUGAUGUACGCACCAUGGUGUGCACAUUGCAAAAGAUUAGAACCAAUUUGGUCUCACGUUGCUCAACACUUGCAUUCGACGCCGAUACGCGUAGGACGAGUCGAUUGCACUAGAUUCACCAAUGUGGCAAACGCAUUCAAAGUUAAAGGGUUUCCCACUAUUCUAUUUUUAAAGGAUGAUCAAGAGUACACGUAUCAUGGUGACAGAACUAGAGAUGAGAUAGUCAAAUUCGCUCUGAGAUUAAGCGGUCCGCCUGUGCAAGAGAUAACAAAACCGGAAAGUUUCCACACGAUAAAGAAGGAUCGCGAUCUCUAUUUCUUGUACGUGGGAGACAGAGUUGGAGUGUUAUGGGAACUUUAUUACAAGACUGCAACUAUGUUUCAAGCACACGCGUUUUUCUAUCAGUCUCAUCCGAGCGUUGUAAAUAAGCACGCACCCGUGGUAAAUGUUCCAGCAUUGUUCGUGUACAAGGAAAGCUCACAUUACAAUUUCACCGGACACAACUUGAGCGACAUAGAGAAAAUAAACGAGACGCUUUACAAGUGGGUGAACGCGGAACGCUUCCCGACGUUCCCGAAAGUAACUAGGGGAAAUAUAAAUCAAUUAUUCUUAACAAGUAAGAAUCUCGUUUUAGCAGUAGUGGAAGAAAACCAGCUGGAAGAAAUUGCGCCUGACAUGCUGGAAUUCAGGGACAUGGUUGAGUCUGUGAUCAAGGAUAAGCGGGAGAAGUACCACGAUCAUUUUCAGUUCGGUUGGAUAGCUAGUCCCGAUCUAGUCAAUAGUAUAGCAAUGUCGGUGCUACCUUUACCAAGCUUAAUUGUGAUAAACACGACUACGAAUCACCACCACAUUCCUGAGGACGACACCGAGAAACUGACUCCCUAUGUAAUAGAAUUGUUCCUGGAGCAGAUACGCAAUGAGAGUGCUCCGCGAUACGGUGGGAACUCUUGGUUAGUACGUAUUCGCAGAUCCUGGUUCGAAUUGAGAAGCACUUUGACUUCGAUGUGGAAAGGCAAUCCCAUCUUGACGAUGGUACUGUUCGGAUUGCCAGCUGGGUUUCUGUCGUUGAUAUGUUAUGGGAUUUGCUGUCCAGAUAUUUUGGACGCGGAUGACGAAGACGACGAUACCGAUGGAGGGAGUCAUAUGAAGAAGGAUUAAAGAUAGUUACGGAUACAUUAUACAAAAUUUUCACGUUUUUCAUUAUGUAUAUAGUAAGGUGGAUCUUAUUUUUUAACUUUUGAAUUUGUUUCACGAUGCCUCCCAAGCAUCGAUUUUUCUUUUAAUUUUAAUACCGAUAUUCCCGGUCGCUUUAGCAUCUAUGACAAACCGCUUCAUCCUCGUCGAAAUAAUCUCGCACAGAAAAAAACGAAAAAAUUGUUCAUCAAAUAUAAUUAAGGUCCACCCUAAUAUAUACAGUGUAUAUAAACGCUUAUGAUUACAUCUGCAUUAUGUUAUCAAACAAAAGAUUGCCAAAGCAGUUUUAAGAUUGCGAGGAUUUUUAUACAGUGUAUCGCUGACAUUCCAUAUGGUUUCAUGUUUUGUAAAUUUCUCCUCAUGCAUGCAAGGUGUUCGGUAAUGAAGGGUAUCACUGCUCGUGAAAAGAUAGAGCGGAUUGAAUUGAAUAGAAGUCUUUACUAUCGUUUUAUCGCGAUCUUUGUAUUAUACCGAAAUUAAUUAAAAACGAUUAAAAAAUAUUGGUCGAUAAUCUUGCACGGAGGCGAUAGAGGAAUGCUUUAGGUACGACAACGGCCCUUCCUCUUGUACUUAUUUAUACUCUAGUUAUUAGAUGAUGCGGCCUCGGUGCGUACUCAUUCGUCAAUAUUCAUUAAUUGCCUUUAAUUAAUUUCUUGAUAAUUAUUGCGAAAAUCGGAGAACAGGAUUUUGGACUUUUCUGUUCAAUUCAAUCUACACUAUCCCUUUCAAACACUGGUACCUUUAUUACCAGAGACUGUGUGUGUGUGUGUGUACAUGUAUAUAAUAUGCAAGUGUCGCAACUAUUACCAGAUACUUAAACGGUGUAUUCGACAGUUCAAUACAAGUCUUAAACCUUAAUAUCAAAUUAUCAAAGAUAAUUGAAUAUCGAGAUAUAAACGAUUAAAAUUGAUUAUUGGCAUUAGUUUCUGCUAUCGUAUACCUAUUAUUGAUCUUUCAGACUCGACUGAUGUUGUAAUCAAUUUUAUGAUCAAUUAAUUUUAUGUUGUAUAUUUUAUAUUAUAUAUUUUUUAUAAAAGUACUGCACAGGCUGUAGUGGUUAACUUUAAUUAUUUAUAUUUUAAAGAAUAUUAUGUUUUUAAUAUUUUAAUAUUAAUAUUAGGAUUUCUAGGAUUGUAAUAAGUUGUAAAAUACGCCAUUUAAAUAUGUAACGGUAAUUGCGAAACACACUAUGUUCUCAUAAGUCUUCUAUUUCACGCAUCAUCUGUUAAUAGCAAAUUUCUGGAGUCACAUAGGGUCGAAAAUCUUAACGCUGAAGUAUCAAAGCUAUAAUAGUUUUUAAAUAGGAAACAUUAAAAGUUGACCGAUCAACAUGCUAUGAUUGGUUCGCCGUUGGAAAACCGUUUCUCGCUUCAAAAAUAGUAACCUCGAGCGCUUUUAGUUUUAUUGGAAUUAUCUUGAAGUAAUCUCAAGAAUUUGUUAUUAACGGAUAGCGCAUGGAAUUUGAGGCGCACUGUAUAUACUAAUUUUUGUUUACAAUUACAUCUUGAAUGUGUGAAUUGACGCGUAUCACAUGAGACAAUACAAUCUACCAAGUUAAGCGAAUGUGUAACACGAUCAGAAAAGUUUAUCUUUUAACACAGCUUUAACGAAGAAAAAUGUAAAAUAUAUCAAAAUUUGUAUAUUAAUCGCAAAUGUUUACAUAUAAUUUAUGAAAUUCUAUUAAACAUCAAAGCAAAUGUUCGUUUUUUAUAUAUACAGUUAAACGACGAUCAUAUUGGUAAUAUUUAUGUAAGUUGUGCGCGAGUGUUAUUUGUUGUAUUGUGUAGGCUGUAAGUAUGAUUGUGAUUUUUUUUCUUGAGAAAGUAAUCUUCCAUGUGCAUUAUGUGUUGACCGAAUGUAUAUUUAUAUGUAUCAAAUAAAAAAGACCUGAAGCA